CAAACGACUCUAAUCGUGAGAAUUUUAGACAUGCUACAAAACUGAUGGGCAAGACUUGUCAGUGAGCUCAGUAGUUACUGUUAAAUUAUGAAAAGCAUGACUUGGACUUUGGGCUAAUACUCUUACCCUGCAUAUAAAAUGAAAUUUCAUCUUAUUUCAAACAUCAUUUACAUCCUUAGCAAUUUUUUGUGGUUCAUAAAUAGUCUUUGUAGCUCUUAUUUUAUAUGCAUCAUUCUUUGUUUUCAAGUGCUUAUAUUUUUCUUCAAGGUAGAAAAUGUUGUUAGCCCAAAUAAAUCGAGAUUCUCAGGGAAUAACAGAGUUUCCUGGAGGAGGAAUGGAGGCUCAGCAUGUUACCCUAUGCCUGACAGAAGCCGUAACUGUAGCAGAUGGUGACAAUUUAGAAAAUAUGGAAGGUGUAAGCUUGCAAGCAGUAACUCUUGCAGAUGGCUCAACCGCUUAUAUACAACACAGUUCUAAAGGUAUGUGCCUCACAUAUGGCUAAUUGGUCAAUACCAGCAAUUUAUAACAUCAGACAGGGGACAGUUUGCGUCUAGAGGAUGGUCAAGCAGUGCAGUUGGAAGAUGGAACUACGGCAUUUAUUCAUCAUACUUCCAAAGAUAGUUAUGACCAGAGUGCAUUACAGGCGGUUCAGCUGGAAGAUGGCACCACAGCUUAUAUCCACCAUGCAGUACAAGUCCCUCAGUCUGACACCAUCUUGGCAAUUCAGGCUGAUGGGACAGUGGCAGGUCUGCACACUGGGGAUGCCACAAUUGACCCUGACACCAUCAGUGCUUUGGAACAGUAUGCAGCAAAGGUGUCCAUUGAUGGAAGUGAAAGUGUAACAGGUACUGGAAUGAUCGCAGAAAAUGAGCAAGAGAAAAAAAUGCAGAUUGUCUUACAAGGACAUGCAACAAGAGUAACAGCUAAAUCUCAACAGAGUGGAGAGAAGGCCUUUCGAUGUGAAUAUGAUGGAUGUGGAAAAUUAUAUACAACAGCUCAUCAUCUUAAGGUUCAUGAGAGGUCACACACAGGAGACCGGCCUUAUCAGUGUGAGCAUUCAGGAUGUGGGAAAGCAUUCGCAACAGGUUAUGGAUUAAAAAGUCACGCGAGAACUCAUACAGGAGAAAAGCCAUAUCGAUGUUCAGAAGAUAAUUGUACUAAAGCUUUCAAAACUUCAGGAGAUCUACAGAAACAUAUCAGAACUCACACAGGAGAAAGGCCCUUUAAGUGUCCCUUUGAAGGCUGUGGUCGGUCCUUUACAACAUCAAAUAUCAGAAAAGUGCAUAUUAGGACACACACAGGAGAAAGACCUUAUUACUGCACAGAACCAGGAUGUGGGAGGGCAUUUGCCAGUGCAACCAAUUAUAAAAAUCAUGUGAGGAUACACACAGGGGAAAAGCCAUAUGUUUGUACAGUUCCUGGGUGUGACAAAAGGUUUACAGAAUAUUCCAGUUUGUACAAACACCAUGUUGUUCACACUCACUCUAAACCAUACAACUGUAACCACUGUGGGAAGACAUACAAGCAGAUCUCCACGCUGGCCAUGCACAAACGGACGGCCCACAAUGACACUGAACCCAUUGAAGAGGAGCAGGAAGCCUUCUUUGAGCCUCCCCCAGGUCAAGGUGAAGAUGUUCUUAAAGGGUCCCAGAUCACAUAUGUUACAGGUGUAGAAGGGGACGAUGUUGUGUCUACACAAGUAGCCACAGUAACCCAGUCUGGGUUGAGUCAACAAGUUACUCUGAUAUCCCAGGAUGGGACUCAGCAUGUCAACAUAUCUCAAGCUGACAUGCAGGCCAUUGGCAACACCAUCACAAUGGUAACGCAGGAUGGCACGCCCAUCACAGUCCCUGCUCAUGAUGCAGUCAUCUCCUCAGCAGGAACACACUCGGUUGCUAUGGUUACUGCUGAGGGUACAGAAGGGCAGCAGGUUGCAAUUGUGGCUCAAGACUUGGCAGCGUUCCAUACUGCCUCAUCAGAAAUGGGGCACCAGCAGCACAGCCAUCACUUAGUAACCACAGAAACCAGACCUCUAACCUUAGUGGCAACAUCCAAUGGCACCCAGAUUGCAGUUCAGCUUGGAGAACAGCCAUCUCUAGAAGAAGCCAUCAGAAUAGCAUCUAGGAUCCAACAAGGAGAGACGCCAGGGCUGGAUGAUUAAUCCUCAGAACAAUGGAGCAAUAAAGCAGGAGGAGCCUCUCAUCUUCCAGCAGGCAGCAGAAAUCCACAAAGCCUGGACCCAGGAAAAUUAGAAGUUUUCCAUUCCUGAUACACUGUACACAUUUUUAUGCAAGAGUGGAGAGCAUUUUAUUCUUGACACAUUUGUGUAUAUAACCCUUGGAAUAGAUUCCCAAACUGAUUCAUUGUGUACAAGGAAGUAUGAAAUUAGGGCAAUACAAUAAAUGUUCAUGUUACUUUUUUAUCAGAUUGCAAACUCCUAGAAUCUACAUGCAAGACCAGUAAAGUCUUAUGGAGUCUUAUGAUGGUUUUUUAACUUACUGUGAAAAAAAAAUAAAGGCAGUAUCUAAAAUGUUAAAGGUUCUUUAUGUCAAACAAUCAUAAUUCCAAAAGCCAUCAUGGAUAAUAAAGGAUUGAAAGCCUUCAGAAAUUUCCCCCAGUUAGUAGAAUGUCUGCAGUUUUUGUUCUGUUAUAUACUUGUCCAUUUUUAUCUGUAUCUCAUGGUUUGAAGACGAUUUAUAGUUUCCCAUCCCUAUUAAAUAUCAGUUCUUCAAGAUGAAAUGCUAUACAUUGGAUUAUGGAUAAAAUUACAAAGUUUGGUUAUUUAAAAUUAAAAAGUUAAAUCC